UCAAACAGAAGCAUGAAUGUCGUUAUUGUGAUGCGACUAUGGAGACGUAUAUGGAAUAUUUAAAACACCUUGAAACGCACAAGGAACAAGGUUUAUAUAAGUGCACUUGGCCCACAUGUGGAAAGAAAUUUCCUUCCACAAAGAGACUUCAAGAGCAUUACGAAAAACAUCAAACUAAACUUCUAUGUGAAAUUUGUGGCAAAUUCUAUUCUUGUAUGCAGUCACUACGAUUGCACAAGCGGACAUACCACGCUAUUAGGGAUGUUAAAAAGUAUGAGUGUCCACAUCCCGAUUGUAAUGCGAUCAUCCAGGGCAAAAGCGAAUAUGAAAAACAUUUCCAAAGGCACAAAAAACCAUUUCGCUAUCAAUGCAAACAUCCCGGUUGUGGAAGAGAAUACCGCUGUUCAUCGGGAUUUUCCAAACACAAGAAAUCCUGUCAAUACAAACAGAGUAAAAAGUUCCUCAAUUUCAAGCAAUCGCUGAGAUGA